UUGUCUCAAUGCCCAAAUAGCUUUACUUCAAAGUGUUUGUGGGAGAAGAAAGGAGAAUUGGAUGAGUGUGUUUAUUCAGUGCUAGGUUGGAGAAGUGGGAGGGGAGUGGGCUUAGGAACAAGCCUGGGUUUAAGAGCACAUGGACGACAAGGAGAUAACCAUUUUUCUGAAGACCAGCAUCCAGGCUACUUCCCAUAAGGAAGAAAAUCCUGGGAGGGAAAAACUUGUUAAACAAGAGGAAACAAGAAUCUUUGAAGCUGCUUAGGUGUGUAGGCAAAAUGAAGCUGACUCUGGUGCAGAUCUUUUUCAUGAUGUUGCUGCUGUUGCUAGGCCUGGGGAUGGGCCUAGGAUUGGGACUUCAGAUGGCCGCAGCACUCUUGGAGGAUAAUGAUCAGUCACUGAAUGAGUUUUGGUACAGCGACUCAAAGGACAUGGCAGAGGCCACUAAGGAGGGAGAGGGCUCCCGAACAACAGAAACCCUGCUGCUUAGCAACAAAGUACUGGUGCAACCUGGCUGGCCAGAAGAGACCAUUCUCAGUGAAGAUGAAGUUGGAGGAAACAAGAUGCUCAGAGCUGAGGCUCUCUUUCAGAGCAACAAAGACUAUUCUAGGUUUGACCUGACGGCCCGGGAGUGCAAUGCCAUGAUGGCAAAUAAGAUAAAGGAGCACAACCGCACAUGCAUAACCCAGUACACAUUCAUUCAUGAGGAGCUAGAGACAGUCAAAGCUGUCUGUAAUGGGCCUGUUGUUGAUUGUGAACUCAAGGGACGCAAAUGUCACAAAAGUUCCCGUCCUUUUGAUUUGACAUUCUGCAAGUUAUCCAAACCAGAUCAAGUCACUCCUCACUGCAAUUAUCUAACUUUCAUUUUUGAAAAGUUCAUUAUUAUAUCCUGUAGUGACAUGAAGGUCCAGGUCACAUCUGAAUGAUGAAGCAACUUGUCCUCUCUACCUUCUCUUCUUCCUCUUUCUCAAGAUGUUUUCCUCCUCUUAGGUAUUCUGCAAAAAAGGGUUUGAGAAGAGAACCUUUAUCAUUCUCCCCUGAAAAUAUAAUUCUUUGCCUGCAAGUUCGCCUAACUUGCAUUUUGUUCCUGGGAUUAGAAGUGGCAGAAUAGUUAAUAAUAUGUAGAAUCUCUAGGUUUUUCUCUCUCUCAAUCCUGUCUCCUCUCUUGGAAAGAGAUAAAUGAAGAACUGCUCUAAGCUC